UAACCGCCAACACGGUCCGACGGCUGAACGUGGAAACGUGUCUUCAGUUUACCAAUAGCUCGUAGUCAACUGCUUAUUUGUUUAUCGAAACCAAUUGGCUUUAGUUUAAUUGCUAGAUUAAUUUUCGAAUAUCGAUUUGGCUGGACUUAGGCCACCUUGAAGCUUUGAAUUUGAAUCGAAUUAAUAGCGCAAUCGAUUGUAAACUGAAUCUGCCGAAAGUGUGGGUGGAUGUGGUUUGGAUUAUUUAUAUAAUCUGGAACAUUUUCGACAACUUCUCGGUUGCGGAGCCAGUGGCAUUGGUUUAAUGCGGCCGAAACGCGUUUCCCCAACAGCCGGAGCACAUGUGCGGGUUACAUUUUAGGACGCGUAACAGUCCGUCUCAGAAGACGUCCCUCCGCUGGGGCGACUGCUGUCUAGCCUAGUCUAGUGUUCAGACUACCGUGAUUCGAGUUCCUAGCCGGAGUCCUUGCACUCGAUUUCUUUACGAGGGAAACCAGCGAUUAAACUACCACGGGGAAUCCGAAUCCAAUCCCCUCAAGCCCUUUGGAGCAGGAAAUGUUGCAUAAGCCAAGGCACAUUUGAUUGGCGCGCUUCUUUGAUUGCCGUCGCUAAGCUCCAGAGUAUAGAAAUUGGCGUCCGCUUGAACUUGGCGCACAAAUCCCAAAGCAGAGCUAAAGGUCAAACUCAACCCCAUUCCGAGAGUAUUAGCUUACACUAGCGCGCCGAGAGUCGUGACUUACAAAGCCAAGGACACGCCCCAACUGCAAGGAUGAUCAACGUCGCCGGCGUGGUGAGCAUCGUGCUCUUCUACCUCCUGAUCCUGGUGGUGGGCAUCUGGGCCGGUCGCAAGAAGCAGUCCGGCAAUGAUUCGGAGGAGGAGGUGAUGCUGGCCGGCCGCUCCAUCGGUCUGUUCGUGGGCAUCUUCACCAUGACUGCCACCUGGGUGGGUGGCGGCUACAUCAAUGGCACGGCAGAGGCCAUCUACACAUCGGGACUUGUGUGGUGCCAGGCUCCAUUUGGAUACGCUCUGAGUUUGGUAUUCGGUGGCAUAUUCUUCGCCAAUCCAAUGCGUAAGCAAGGAUACAUCACCAUGCUGGACCCCCUGCAGGAUUCCUUUGGCGAGCGGAUGGGUGGCCUGCUCUUCCUGCCCGCUCUCUGCGGUGAGGUCUUCUGGGCAGCUGGCAUCCUAGCCGCGCUGGGAGCCACUCUCUCCGUGAUCAUCGACAUGGACCAUCGCACCUCGGUGAUCCUGUCCUCUUGCAUCGCCAUCUUCUACACACUCUUCGGCGGACUCUACUCCGUGGCGUAUACGGAUGUGAUCCAGUUGUUCUGCAUCUUUAUCGGCUUGUGGAUGUGCAUUCCCUUUGCCUGGAGCAACGAGCACGUGGGCAGUCUGAGUGACCUAGAGGUGGAUUGGAUCGGCCAUGUGGAGCCUAAAAAGCAUUGGCUUUACAUAGACUACGGGUUGCUCCUUGUAUUUGGAGGCAUUCCCUGGCAGGUCUACUUCCAGCGUGUGCUCUCCAGCAAGACAGCCGGAAGGGCCCAACUGUUGUCCUAUGUGGCCGCCGCCGGAUGCAUCUUGAUGGCCAUUCCCCCCGUGCUGAUCGGAGCCAUUGCCAAGGCCACACCUUGGAACGAGACGGACUACAAGGGACCCUAUCCCCUCACCGUGGACGAGACGAGCAUGAUUCUGCCCAUGGUGCUGCAGUACCUCACGCCCGACUUUGUGUCCUUCUUCGGCCUGGGCGCCGUUUCAGCCGCCGUGAUGUCCUCCGCCGACUCCUCGGUGCUCUCCGCCGCCUCCAUGUUCGCCCGGAACGUGUACAAAUUGAUUUUCCGUCAGAAGGCGUCCGAGAUGGAAAUCAUCUGGGUGAUGCGCGUGGCCAUCAUUGUGGUGGGCAUCCUGGCCACAAUUAUGGCCCUCACCAUUCCCUCCAUCUACGGAUUGUGGUCCAUGUGCUCGGAUCUGGUCUACGUCAUCCUGUUCCCGCAGCUGCUUAUGGUGGUGCACUUCAAGAAGCACUGCAACACAUAUGGCAGCCUAUCGGCGUACAUUGUGGCCCUGGUCAUCCGGCUGUCUGGCGGCGAGGCCAUCCUGGGACUGCCUCCGCUGAUCAAGUAUCCCGGCUACGACGAGGAGACGAAGGAGCAGAUGUUCCCCUUCCGCACCAUGGCCAUGUUGCUAAGUCUGAUCACCCUGGUUUCGGUCUCCUGGUGGACUAAAAUGAUGUUCGAGUCCGGAAAGUUGCCGCCCAGCUACGACUACUUCCGCUGCGUGGUCAACAUUCCGGAGGAUGUGCAGCGCGUCGGCGAUCCAUCGGAGUCGGGAGAGCAGCUAUCGGUGAUGGCAGGACCCCUGGCCCGAUCCUACGGAGCUGCCACCAUGGCGGGCAAGGACGAGCGCAACGGUCGCAUCAAUCCCGCCCUGGAAUCGGACGACGAUCUGCCGGUGGCGGAGGCAAGACGCAUCAACCAGGAAACGGCGCAUGCGCAGGUCAAGAAGAUGCUGGACACAGCCACCGGGGUGAAGCCCCCGGGAGGAGGAGGUGGCCAGAGCGGGAUGGCCAUGCCCGCCACGGAGCACGAUAAUACGGCCUUCUGAGCGGAGUAGGAAGUCCCAUAGGAUCUUGGCAGCUGAGAGCCCGAAAGUAGGCUGCAGCUAGGAGCAGUGAAUUAUCCGAUUUUAAGUUGCGCUUGUUAGGGGGAUUCAAAUGGGGAAGUAGGGUUGUCAUGAGGAAGGCGGGACGGAGUACAGAAAGUAUUAGGAAAAACGUACGUUAAACACACAAGUGCUCAGGUAAAAAGUGCAGAAAGCUGAUCGUAAAGUUUACAUUUUCAUUUAGCAAAACUUAUUGUGUAUAGUUUCUACAAGCUUAAAGCGUUCUAUCGGUAUUCAUUUUGAUGUUAGAGAAUCUAUGUGUAAAUGUUCAAACGGUAUCAGAAGUGCAGAAAUCGAUUAACCGAAUACAUAUCAACUGCAUUUUUCCUGGCCCGAGAAUUGCAAAAAAUAAAAUACGUAUUAACCCUGAAGAGUUAGGCCGGAAAUGAGGCUAAGUUAUAAGUAUGUAUGUAUAACCACUAAGACGAGCAUUUGAGCAAUACGAAUCGUCAUUCCUGGCAUUAGCAUAUCGAUCAUAUACUAUAUAGAUGCAUAUAAUGUGAGUCAUGUGUCCUUCCAGAACGAACAAAGCUAAGCAAAACUAUUCACAAACUAAUGCAAACGAAACAUAUCAAAAGAAGACGGAGGUAUAUCAAUAUACAUAUCACUCGUGAAACAGUUGUUUGUAAGCUAUAUAGGAGAAUCGAGAUAUACAUACACAAGCUAUACCCAAUAAAAUGUGCAAACAAAGUAGUCGUGUAAGUGACCGAAAACGAGGCAUAUCGAGUUAUAUAGGAAUGAAUUUUAGCUGCUCUCAAAGAGCAAACCACAAAGUAUAUGGCAGAUCAUACACAGGAAAACAGACAAAGAUGAAACACUUAUAUAUAUGACAUGUUGCGUCGUAGUACCUAAAUAUAUACCUAUACAAAAUCAUAUACACCAGCAUAUAUAUACAUAUUUAGAAGCCAGCCACUGAAUUUAGAGAGUUAUACCCAAAGAAACACCCACGACAUUGACCCAAAAAACCUGCAUACAAGCAUUGGCAAGGGAAAUUCUAUAUAAACACACGCUGCCUGAACCCCAAACCUCAACCUUUGAUCUCAAAGAAACCUCUUAAGAUAAUCCCAAAUUAAAUUCAAAUUGAAUAUUUUAUCAAGAGAUGUGCGUUGGUUCCUCUUUUUUAAAACUCACUCGGCUCGUUUGUUACUCUUUCGUCCCGUUGGAAAGAACUAAUCUAAAUCUAACUAAAGUCAACCCAAGAAAACUAAUACGCGUUACUAACUUAAUAGGGUUUUCAGCCCUAUGAAAUACCAAAACUACAUACAACUCACUUAAUUGUAAUAAAUGUUGACUGCUUUUUGAUCGAGCCUUGUAUGUUCGUUGUAUUGGGGUAAAGUUUUUUAACGUUUACAUAAGUGAAACUAAGUGUUUGAGUCCAUUUAGGAUUACCUACCAUAUGAUACACACAUAUCUGAAAUCUGUUCGUUGUUAUUGUUAUUAUCUCUUGCAUCAGAUCUGAGUGUGUAAAUUUCGAUAGAGUUUGAAUCCGUUUUAACUAAGGAGUUUAACUAAAUUUCCAGAGAUCCUACAUAAAUAAUUAAGUGUGUUUGUAUUUCAUGUUUCACGAUUCUUUGUGCAGUUAACCAGGUUUGUAAAUAAGCAAAUUACUCGAAUCGUUUGUAAAGUUACUAUCAACUAAACCAAAACCACCAAAUAAUUUAUGCAUUCAACUGCGAUGACUUCGCUUGGUUAAAAUGGUCGAAACCAUUCUGUUUUGGCAAUUAGUUAAAUAUAUUUCUGUUAUUGUUAACCAAACUUGGUGUAUCCAUUCCAAGUUCCCUUAGUGGCAUUAUGUUAAUCAAUCAAAUAAGUAAAA